AUGGGGAGUAUUGCUGCUGCAUAUGACAUUGUUGUUCACUGUAAUGCAAACAAAAUCAGGAUUCCAAAUGUUGAUCCAAGUGGCUACUCGUACAUUAACUUGUUGUUUGAUGUAACUGAAAAGGCACUGAGCAAGAUAAGUGGGAAUGUUAACAUGAUUAUGCAGAUGAGAUGUGAAAUUCCUGGAAAAAAUUGCACGAUGGAUGUUAAUGAUGAUUAUUCUGUUAGUGAGAUGUUCAAAAUACAUCAAUCUAAGCCAGUGAUUAACUUGCAUGUCUCUGAUAUGGAAAUUAUCCCUGUUGAUGAAGAGAAUAACUUAGUAAAUCCGACUACUGUGAACAUGCAAGAUACUCUGGUUAUUAGUAAACAGAAUAAGAAGACAGUAGCUAUAGAUGUUGAUAUCUCAGAUGAUCAGUAUGGAGAUUCUAGCUCUGAUUCUUCAUGGAGACACAAUCCGUGUAGUGACAAUGAGGAUGAAUUAGUUCUGGAUAGGGUCUCAAAUGAUGAUAGUGAAGAAAGUGAUACUAAUUUUUCUGAUUUUGAAGACAAUGAAAUGGAAAUUGUGGUGCCUGAUUCUGAAAGUGAGGAAGGGGAUAAUUCUAGGAGACAGUUAAUAAGAUCAAAGAUGUGGAUUUACAAUCUUAAAGAUGACAUAGAAUUUGAGAAGGGUCAAUUAUUCACCAAUGUGGAUGCAUUUAGAGCUAUCUUAAAAGAUUAUGUUAUUCAAAAAGGUUUUCCACUUUUGAGAUUGAAAAAUGAGAGAUCGAGAGUGACUGCUAUAUGCAAUGCUGAGGGAUGCCAGUGGAGAAUACAUGCAUCACCAGUGGCUGAUAAUAUAACUUUUCAGAUUAAAAGUUACCAAUCACAGCACACUUGUGUGAUGGAUAAACACUGUGCUGAAGCCACUUCUGAUUGGAUGGCCAAGAAGCUGGUUGGUGUCAUGAGAGAUCAUCCUAAUAUGACCAGCAAAGGUGUAGAGGCAGAGUUGAGAAAGUAUGGUGUGAAGCCAAGUAAAAUGCAGAUUUUCAGAGCUAAGAACAAAGCACUUAAUGAAAUAGAAGGCACACAUGCUGAAUCUUAUUCUAAACUCCCCUCAUAUGCUGAACUGUUAAGGAACAAUAAUCCCAAUAGCAUUUGUAAAAUACAUUAUGAUAGGCCAAAUCUGUUAAUAGAGCCUAAAUUUCUGAGAAUAUUCAUUAGCUUUAGAGCUCAAAAGCUGGGAUUCCUAGAAGGUUGUAGACCUUUUGUGGGAUUUGAUGGAUGUUUCUUGAAGGGUCCAUUUGGAGGUGUGCUUCUCACAGCGGUUGCUUUGGAUGCAAACAACAGCAUUUUUCCAAUAGCAUUUGCUGUAAUUGAAUGA